GCGGGCGCCGGGCGCGCGUCGCGGUCUGAGGCGGAGGGACGGGGCAAAGAUGGCGGCGCCCGUCCUGCUGCGGGUGUCGGUGCCGCGCUGGGAGCGGGUGGCGCGGUCCGCCGUGUGCGCCGCCGGCAUCCUGCUGUCCCUCUACGCCUGCCACCUGGAGCGCGAGAAGGGCCGCGACAGCCACUACCAGGCCCUGUGCGACCUCAGCGAGCGGGUGCGCUGCUCCGCCGCCAUCACCUCCAGAUGGGGUCGAGGAUUCGGUCUGUUGGGUUCCAUCUUUGGAAAGGACAGUGCAAUAAAUCAGUCAAACAGUGUUUUUGGACUCGUGUUUUAUAUACUACAAAUGCUACUUGGUAUGACAGCAAGUGCAGUAGCAGCUCUAAUCCUCAUGACAUCCUCCAUAGUGUCUGUAGUAGGGUCAUUGUACUUGGCAUACAUUCUGUACUUCGUGCUGAAGGAAUUUUGCAUUGUCUGCGUCAUCACAUAUUUGCUGAACUUCAUUCUCUUUAUCAUCAACUACAAACGACUAGUUUAUUUGAACGAGGCCUGGAAACGGCAACUCCAACCCAAACAGGAAUAACCCCUGUUUGAACUCUUGACUGACAGUCUGAAGACCCAACUUCCAUUAAGUUUAUUUUGCAGUAAUUUUUUAUUCUCCAUAUCAGACACUCUCCCCGAGAAUCAUAACUGAAUUUUUAAUUAUAAAUUUGAAGGGGCCCCCGAUAAUUUUUCUGUGCUAAUCUUCAGUUUAAAUGUGGUUGUGAAAGAAAGCUCUAAUACAAUCAAAGACAAGCUUUAACUUUACUUUGAAGGAGUUUUAGCCACAGCAAAACCUAGACUCUCUCUUCCCCCUCCACUUGUGAAGUGGGUAACACUUGCUAUAAAAUAUCCUGUAUAUAAAUUCAGGUAUAACAAGAUGUGAUCAUGAAAUUAAAUAUUCUAGACUAGCAUCACCAUAUUUAAUGUUGCCAUGUUUACAGUAUGUGUAUUACUUUUUUGUUUUCGUUUUGGUUUUUUUUUUUUUUUUUUAGCUGAUGGACUUAGAUUUGACUAGGACUUACACUGUAAAUAAAAUUAGAACUAUUGGUUUCAUCCCUGGAGAACUCACUGUACAAUGGGUUUUGUUAGGAGCUGUCAGAGGGUUCAGCUCACAGUCGACUGCCACGAUGGAAGAAGUGACCUCUGAAGAGAACACGGAGUUGCUGCACUCACUGCUCGUGCUGUCCCAAGAAUGAUGCUUGGGGUUGGUUCCAUUUUUUUUUUUUUCUCUCCUGUCUUUCUUUUUGUCUCCAGUAUCGAAAAAUGGAAUUAAAGCUGAAACCUGAAGCGUGUUCAUUAAACCACAACCUCGUUAAUUCUGUACCGAGUGAAAAUAGCUCCGUGUGGUCGAUGGAAAGCCGCCACCAGGAUAUUCUGUGCAGGUUGGGGGUUGGUGUAUCAAAGUGUUCUUUGAAAGGACUCAGUUUCCAUGCAGAGCUGUUUCAUUUUUAAGCUGUGGUCAGCCAGCCAGUGUUACUAAUGUUUGAUGUUCUAUGAAUGCUGCAGUAUAGGAUUGCAAUUGCAGUGGAAACCACUGACUGAGCGGGGUAACCAAGUCGUGCACUGAAAAAGCAGUUACUUAAUUGAUCUUCGUCAGGAUCCUUGGUUUGUGCUAUAUUGGGAAAUGAACUUUAGGCCUGACACACACACACAAGAUCCCUUGGAAGGGCAAGCUGUUUAAUGGGAUAAGUGAGUAAAUGUGCUCCUGAAAAUGAAAUGUGAUGUAGUGCUAUCAUUGCUCUUUCUAAUAACUAAUUGGGAAAAAAAAAAUAUUAAACUGCGGAUUUAAAGGAACAAAAUUGUACAUGUUGUUUCUGCACUCAGUAUUCUAAGGCUGAAUGUUAAAAGUGCCUUCUGUCUUAAAAUCUUAAACCAAAUACUUUGCGUUGAACUUGGCAGGCAGAAGUGUCCUUGCUUUAAAAAUGAACAAACAAACAAACAAAAUUCCCAGCAAACUUGCUGGGGAUAGAGGAGUAUUAAGAGAUAUGUUUAGUUUUUAGACUGAGAAGUGGUAGCAAUAUUGUUUCAGUUUAAUUAAAAAAGGUUGAUGGCAAUUUGGAAAAGUAAAAUAUUUGUGUUUCAGACUCUGUGACACGAAAACGUGUAGGUUCAGUUACUUUCUGUAAUUGGUGCUGUGCUGCUUUUUGCCCUUGUCAGCUUCUAAAUAUGAAGAAUUCCAACUGCAUACCAGUUAUUUAAGGAAUUAAUUUAACUACUUUUUUGGAUUUUUUUUCUCAAACAUGAAUGUCAGAGAGACACUUCUGUUGUAUGGAUAAGUGGAUUAUAAACACUAAGUUGCUGAGGAGAAACUUGACUGUGAAACAUGCAGUGUUUCCGUAGAGCAAAUAGAAUUUUUAGAUUGAAUCCACAAAAUAGUAUUUAAAUUACUACUGAAGUCAUUUUCUGGUUUGUAUCAAGGAUGUAGGUGGAAACUGCUUUUAUGUAUAGAGUUCUGUGGUAUGAGUAACAUCUGUUGCAUGUAACACUAAAUUACUUGUCCCUCUUGUCUGACAGUUUUAGACAACAAUUCAUUAAAUGCAUUUUGUAUUGACCAGAGUAUAGUUAAAGCUUGUCUUGAUGUUUAGUUCUGUCUCUCAAAUGCCUUGAACUUUGUUAUGAGGGGAAUGAAUGAUGUUAAACUGGUCCCUCAAGGCUUGCCUUUGUUCUCUCACAAGCCUUGAGGCAGUAUCACUGUUUAAUAUGUGGUAUAGAUUUAUUUUGAUGCAUUCCUGUGAUCUACACUAAGGCAUCUUUUUUUUUCAUCCAAGGAAGAGGUGAACACGUGCUGCCUGAAAUGGUCAGUGGCAGUGCUCAUAUCUCAGAACAAGCAGCCAUGGAGACAAGUAUAAUCAAUGAGUACUUGGUCCAAUUUCUGGGAAAAAAAAGGAAAAAAAGCCCCAUCAGCUGAAAGUAUUGGUGUUGACUUAACUUCACUGUGUCUUGUGCUUGUUUGUGUGGGCAUAGUCUGUUAAUUCAGUUUGUUUAGUAAAAAUGUUUAGGGCCGGAUUUCCAGCAGUCGUGUCUGCAGUCCUUGUUUGUGUGCACAUGGGGAUCAAAUGGAACUGGAGUUUGGUCUCUGGAAGAAUUUGCAGCUACACUUUGUGCACAGACUUGCAAAUCUGAUCCUUAAUUGUGAACUCUUUUGUCUUGUGUGCUUUUCUUGCAGUUACUUUUUACUGGAAGUGAUUUGCUAGAAACGGCCCUGACUCUUCUAUUUCUCUCUCGUGCUUCAGAAAUGCAGUUGGCCUGAAUAAAGGGCAAAAUAAUCUUAGCAGUAGAAAUUUGGACCUCUUUGCUUCCAGUUCUUUGACUCUCCUUGUUGCUCCCAAUGAUAGAAACAGCAUCUUUCUUCCAGUAAAAUGGCACAGGUUGUGAUGUGAUGGAACUCAGAGGAGUGCCCCCCUGCCUACCCCAGCCAGAACAAACGUGGUGAGAAACGUGUGGUUGAUUCUGAUUUCACCCUUCCAAACCCAAAGGCAAAUUCUGAGAAAUCUUGAGGAUACAGGAAAACACAGGUAAAUAAUACCUGGGCUGGCAAGGGACAGGGGGAUGUUACACAGAUCCUCGUUGUGGUUUCAACACUCAUGAGAAUGGAGGGAAAAAAUCCACAAUAUCCAAACAGUGGUUCUGAAUUUGGGUCCUUCCUCCCCCUCUUUGGCUCUCAGAGUCACCGAAUAUUCUCAGUUGGAAGUUCCUCGGCGAGGGGCGGAUUGGAAAGGCAAAAGAACCUCAUCCCAAAACCUGCUUAGGAAUUAAACAUUCCUGAAAUCCUCUUACUGUAACGUACUUGCUACUCUUAAAGGCCAACAAAGCAUUCAAGUCUCGUUGAGGAAAUGAGUGUUCUUGGAAGUUUCUCGGUGUAAGGUGUUCACGAUGCUGAGGCCAAUGAAACAUUCCCGACCACCUUUGAUGCCUGAAGUGGCAACAGAUCUCUUGUGAGGAGGUUUCUGCAUUCUGUAGUGUUUGUCUGCUGCUGUACAGAGUCCCUCAAUUGUUCCAGGAGGUUGGUGAGGUGCUUCAGGCAGCACUUGAUGCUCCUGAUUUAUGUGGGCUGAAGUCAGAGAUUGAAUGGCUUUGAUUCUGCCAAUGUUGUUUAAACGUGAACUAGACAAAACCGUUCCAGAAAAGAUGAAGUAUUCUGUUACCAUAAAACUGUAUUAAGCAUGGCCUAAAUAUUAGGUGUUUGUUCUGUAUAGUAUGUUCCAUCAACUAUUUAUUCCUAGUGCUUUAAACUCCAAAUUAAACACCCAUUGAAAUGGAGUCAUUGGGCAGAUGUUCCUUUCAUCGAUACAGGCUGAGAGAUUCUAUAUCAGAGGUUUAGGAUACAAUUUUGCUAACAGGUAAAACAAUGUAAAUAUGUACGAAUUCUAUUUGUUGCACAUAACUUUUUUGGUAUAAAAAAAAAAAAAAUAAAUGUAGAAAUUACCUGUGGA